GGCCAUUGCUGUUUCAAAGUAUCGGGAGGUGGAAAUAUGAAAUUCAGCGGGUACGUGAGACUGCGUAUCAGGGAGGCAGCGGACUUAAAACCAACAACUUUCUCCACGCGGCACACAUUUCUCAAGAAAACACACCAGCUGGAUCCUUAUAUAGUGGUGAAAAUAGACAACUUUAAAGUUGGACAGACCACCACUAAAGCGAAGACUAACCGGCCGACCUUUAACGAUGAAUUCUGUCCAUACGUAUCUGAAGCCAAGGUGCUGGAACUUGCCGUUUUUCACGACACUCCAAUUGGAUAUGAUGACUUCGUGGCGAACUGCACGAUUCAACUCGAGGAUUUGUUAUCAUCAUCAAAUACAAGACAGACAUUUGAUGGAUGGGUUAAUCUGGAACCAGAGGGUCGUGUUUACAUCUUCAUCUCUCUCACUGGCUCCUUCACCGAUGACGAAGCCACUAUUAAUUGCCAUAAGCCUCAUAAGAAGUUAACCAGGAAGAGACAGAGAGCUUUACGGAGGAAGGUGCACCAAGUCAACGGACACAAGUUCAUGGCCACCUACCUACGACAGCCGACAUUUUGCUGCCACUGCAAAAACUUCAUCUGGGGGGUAUUCGGAAAACAGGGUUACCAAUGUCAAGUGUGUGCCUGUGUGGUCCAUAAGAAAUGUCACCAUCUGGUUGUGAGUGAAUGUCGACAGAUGAAAAAAGCAGCAUGCGAAGGCACAGGCCAAGGCUUUGGUAUCAACCUACCUCACCGGUUUAGUGUACGCAACUACAAGGUGCCGACAUACUGUAACCACUGUGGAUCUCUCCUCUAUGGGCUGGUCAAACAGGGUGUCCAGUGCAAGGGCUGUAAGAUGAAUGUGCACAUUCGCUGUCAAGCGAAUGUGCCACCCAACUGUGGCGUGAACAGUGCAGAGCUGGCCGGCAAACUGGCUGAGAUGGGGCUGGAGGCCGGCCGACUCAUCAAGAAGAACUCCCAGAUAAAUGUGACUCCUGUGAAGUCUCCGAGCUGCAGUUAUAAGAAGGAAUGUCAGCAGGAGGCGACUGUGCAUGAGUGCGUGAGGAUGGGUCUGCAGGACUUCACCUUCCUCCAGCUGCUGGGGAAGGGCAGCUUUGGAAAGGUCAUGCUGGCGCGCAUGAAAGGUGGUGAGGUGUUUGCAAUGAAGAUACUGAAGAAGGAUGUCAUACUGCAGGAUGACGAUGUGGAGUCCACCAUGACAGAGAAGAGAGUGUUGUCACUGGCCCACUGCCAUCCAUACCUCACCCACCUCUACUGCUGUUUCCAGACAACUGACCGAUUAUUCUUUGUCAUGGAAUUUGUAAAUGGCGGUGACCUCAUGUUUCACAUCCAGAAGUCUCGGAGGUUCGAGGAAGCUCGGGCUCGGUUCUAUGCUGCUGAGAUCACCUCUGCACUCAUGUUCCUCCAUUCUAGAGGCAUCAUAUACAGGGACCUGAAGCUGGACAAUGUACUGUUGGACAAGGACGGCCACUGUAAACUGGCUGACUUUGGCAUGUGCAAAGAAGGUGUUCUUGAUGGAGCACAGACUAACACCUUCUGUGGGACACCAGAUUACAUCGCCCCAGAGAUUAUCCUGGAGGAGCCGUACGGCGCGUCUGUGGACUGGUGGGCCAUGGGUGUGCUUCUGUAUGAAAUGCUGUCAGGCCACGCUCCAUUCGAGGCUGAGACAGAGGACGAGCUGUUCGAGUGCAUCCUCAGGGAUGAGGUGAUCUACUCAUCCUGGCUCAGUGACGAGGCAGAGGAUGUCCUCAGAGGGUUCCUGGCCAAGAUUCCUUCAUCUCGACUGGGCUGUGUAGAGAGGGAUGGGGGGGAGAAGGCUAUUACUGCUCAUCCGUUCUUCAAGGGCUUGGACUGGGAUAAGCUGAGGAAACGAGAACUGGAACCUCCAUUCAAACCACGAAUAAAAUCUUCGGAGGACGUGAACAAUUUUGACCCCGAUUUCACCCAGGAAGAGCCUACACUGACCCCCAUAGAAGAUGCACUUAUCCCCCUCAACCAAGAUGACUUCAGUGACUUUUCCUACACAGCUCCUGAGCUGAGGCACAGCUAAGAGAGAAACUACUGGAUGUUACCAAUUUAUCAGUGGAUAUUUAAGGUCACAGAUGCACAAAUUAGCAUAAGACACAUUCCCCCAAUCUUCAGUGCCCUCACAAAUCCUUGGAUGAAUUGCAGACACAAGUUAUGCCACACAGACAUACAGCUGUCCUCUGAAGUAGAGUGUUCCGAUUUCCGACAAAUUUUAGCAGAAUGCUUAGGUCAGUGUUUUUCAGUCUGAGUCCUGAAAUACUCCUUUAAUGUAGAGGUUAUUGCAGUGGUUUCUAAGCCAAGUCCUUGGGACUUAAUACGCUUGCCAUAUGAUUCAAAUGAUCAGUCUCUCUGUGACCUGAGUCAGAUGUGUUAGGGACAUAACGAACCUAAUAAAUGUGCAGUGCCUUGAUUUCCCAGGGCAGGGACUAAUGAGUAAUACAUUGGAUUUUAUUUGUUUGUUUUGUUUGAAACACACAGAAGACUUGCUAAUUAGGUGAUGAGUUGAUUGUCUUAAGGUGAUUUACAGAAACCAAAAUGCUGAACUGUGCAGUGCAUGUGUACUUCAGGGCUGCUGUCUGGAAAUGCUGACUAUCCUCAAAAUAAAACACUGAUGUUGUUUACCAGAAUUAA